AGAAAGAGAAAGAAAAAGCAUUCAAUAUUCUCUCACUUUCUGUUUUUCGUUACCUCCGCUCAUCUUCAUCUUCUUCUUCUCACCUCCGAGAACACCUCAAGCUUGAGCAGCUGCUACACUCACCAGCUCGCCGUCGUUGAUAGACAGAAGAAGCACUCUGAUGGCAUCAGUUUCAGCCUUUGCCCUUGGAUGUGUACCACAGCACACACUAUCCCUUCCAUGCCCAAAACCAAAACUACUACCUGGGACUCAAACUAAGACUCAGACUCAGAGAUGGCAAGCUAUUGCAGAAGGACAACUCGACAUAACUACACAUCCACCGCGUGGCGAUAAAGAUGCAAGUGAAGGAAUCAAUGUCAAACUCAGUCAUGACAGCACAAGAAGAAACAUUGUCAUUUCAUCACUGGGUUUUCUAGUUGCAUCCCUGUGGGACUCUUCCACCUUUUGUGAACCUGCUGCUGCAGCCCAAUUUACUGAUAUGCCAGCACUAAGAGGGAAGGACUAUGGGAAAACAAAAAUGAAUUAUCCUGAUUAUACUCAAACAGAAUCAGGUCUUCAGUAUAAGGAUUUGCGAGUUGGAGAAGGCCCUACUCCUAAUAUGGGAGACACAGUUGUGGUUGACUGGGAUGGUUACACAAUAGGUUACUAUGGCCGUAUAUUUGAAGCUCGGAAUAAGACUAAAGGUGGUUCAUUUGAGGGUGAUGACAAGGAUUUUUUCAAGUUUCGAAUAGGAUCUCAAGAGGUAAUACCAGCUUUCGAGGAGGCAAUAACAGGCAUGACUAUCGGUAGCAUUAGAAGGAUUAUAGUGCCCCCGGAGUUGGGAUACCCUGACAACGACUACAACAAGAGCGGCCCCAGGCCAACAACGUUUUCGGGCCAAAGAGCCUUGGAUUUUGUAUUGAGGAACCAGGGGUUGAUAGACAAGACUCUUUUGUUUGAUAUUGAGUUACUCAAGAUCAUACCAAACUGAAACUCCCUCUCCAAUUUCAAUUUUCAACUCAAUUCAGAUUCUCAACUUCUGCAGUAACAGAUUUGUUCUAGAAAAAAAGUUCCAAGCUCUGCAACUUUUGACCUCUCUUGUCUAGCUAGCUCAUGGUGUUGAAAAGCUGGGAUGGUGAGAAAGCUGGUUCAGUGAACACCAUUGAUACAAGAUUGAAAAUAUUGAUGAUUCUUUUUUUUUCUUCUUCUCAUGUUACCAAACAUUAAUAUUUGAUGUAAAUUUUGUUCAAUUGGAUAAGUAUUGCUAUAUAUAGUUUAUAAAAUCCAUUAUGAAUAAAAGUACAGUUAAAAGCUUCAAUUAAUGUUUGAUGUAAUUUAAUUGAUUGUAAAACAGUUUGAUAAUAAGGAAGUGUUAUUGCUAUUUA